GGAAGAAUGUCCCUUACAUUGGUGAUCAGUGGGAAGAAUGUCCCUUACAUUGGGGUCAGUGGGAAGAAUGUCCCUUACAUUGGGGGUCAGUGGGAAGAAUGUCCCUUACAUUGGGGGUCAGUGGGAAGAAUGUCCCUUACAUUGGGGGUCAGUGGGAAGAAUGUCCCUUACAUUGGUGAUCAGUGGGAAGAAUGUCCCUUACAUUGGUGGUCAGUGGGAAGAAUGUCCCUUACAUUGGUGGUCAGUGGGAAGAAUGUCCCUUACAUUGGGGGUCAGUGGGAAGAAUGUCCCUUACAUUGGUGGUCAGUGAGAAGAAUGUCCCUUACAUUGGGGGUCAGUGGGAAGAAUGUCCCUUACAUUGGUGGUCAGUGGGAAGAAUGUCCCUUACAUUGAGGGUCAGUGGGAAGAAUGUCCCUUACAUUGGGGGUCAGUGGGAAGAAUGUCCCUUACAUUGGGGGUCAGUGGGAAGAAUGUCCCUUACAUUGGGGGUCAGUGAGAGGAAUGUCCUUACAUUUGGGGGUCAGUGGGAGAAUUGUCCCUUACAUUGGGGGUCAGUGGGAGGAAUGUCCCUUACAUUGGGGGUCAGUGGAAGAAUGCCCCCUUACAUUGGGGGUCAGUGGAAGAAUGUCCCUUACAUUGGGGGUCAGUGGGAAGAAUGUCCCCUUACA